AAACCAUCACACUAACGGACAUGGCCGACGAGAAGUCAAUCAAGUACGCUGAGGCGGAUUCCGUCAAAAAAUUCGCCUUCUUCGGUGUGGCUGUUUCCACCAUUGCCACCUUGACGGCUAUCAUUGCCGUGCCAAUGCUCUGUCUGCACAUGCAAAAUGUGCAAUCUGGCCUCCAAGAGGAGCUUGUCUUCUGUAAAUCAAAGAAUGCUGAUCUUAAAUCCGAAUUCUUCAAGCUCGACAAGGUCCGAUCUAACGCUGUUUCUGAUCGUCAAAAGCGUCAGUCUGAGUACCAAUGCUGUUCUUGCGGAAUUGGAGCCGCCGGAGCCCCAGGAUCUCCAGGAGAGGACGGAGCUCCAGGAGAUGAUGGAAAGCCAGGAAAUGAUGGAGAGCCAGGUCGCGAUUCUACCGAUAAGGACGAGAAGCCAACUGCCGCUGACUUCUGCUUCGAUUGCCCAGUUGGACCAGCUGGACCAGCCGGAGGACCAGGACCAAAGGGACCACCAGGACCACCAGGAGGACACGGAGAACCAGGACCAGCUGGACGUGGAGGACCACGUGGCCCACCAGGACCAGGAGGACCACAAGGAGAGGCCGGAGAAGAUGGAGGAGCCGGAAACCCAGGAACUCCAGGACAAGUUCGUUCUCUUCCAUCCCCACCAGGAGAGCCAGGACAACCAGGAGAGCCAGGAGGUCCAGGAGAGCCAGGAGCCGAUGGACGACCAGGACACCCAGGAAGAGCCGGACCUCCAGGACCACCAGGAGACAAUGGACCAAACGGAGAGCCAGGAAAGGACGGGGAGGAUGGAGCUCCAGGAGCCGCAGGAAACGCCGGAGCCAAGGGAUCUUGCGAUCACUGCCCACCACCAAGAACUGCUCCAGGAUAUUAGAUUGUCUUUCUAUGUUUUUAAAUUCUUCUUUUCUUUCUGGUCGUUUAUGUUUUUCACUCAAAAUGAAGAACUUUCGAGUAUAUUAGUUGAUUCGAAUUAUCAUAUAA